AAAAUAAAAACCUUAUCCUCUGCACUCACACACUUCACCCCUCUUUCUCUCUCCUCUGCAACUGAGCUUGUUAAUGGCAUCUCAGAUCUGAGACUUCGAAAAGUCCGGUUUAGGGUUUGUUUGUGAAUUCGGAACUCCGAGAAAGAAGUUUCAAUGGCGUACUCGUUUCCGGAAGAGGUUUUGGAGCAUGUGUUUUCUUUCAUUCAUACCGAUAAGGACCGAAACGCGAUAUCUCUGGUGUGCAAAUCGUGGUAUGAGGUGGAGCGGUGGAGCCGGCGACGGAUCUUCAUCGGGAACUGUUACGCUGUGAGCCCUGGGAUAGUAAUCAGGCGCUUCCCGGAGCUCCGGUCAGUGGCGCUGAAGGGGAAGCCGCAUUUUGCAGACUUUAAUCUGGUGCCGGAUGGGUGGGGAGGUAACGUUUAUCCGUGGAUCGCUGCCAUGGCUAUGGCUUACCCGAUGUUGGAAGAGUUGAGGUUGAAGAGGAUGGUGGUGACAGACGAGAGCUUGGAGCUGAUCUCGCGCUCGUUCAAGAAUUUCAAGGUUUUGGUGCUCUCGUCGUGCGAGGGGUUCAGUACGGAUGGACUCGCUGCCAUUGCCGCAAAUUGCAGGAAUCUGAGAGAGCUGGACUUGCGAGAGAGUGAAGUGGAUGACUUCAGUGGACAUUGGCUCACCCAUUUCCCUGAUUCUUGCACAUCACUGGUGUCCCUCAACAUUUCCUGCUUGGCCUCCGAGGUGAGUUUCUCUGCCCUGGAGCGCCUGGUGGGUAGGUGUCCCAGUCUGAGGACUCUCCGGCUCAACCGUGCUGUGCCCCUUGACAGGCUUCCCAACCUAUUACGCAGGGCGCCUCAGCUGGUUGAGCUGGGUACAGGUGCCUACUCAGCUGAGCACCGGCCUGAAGUGUUCUCAAGUUUAGCAGGAGCUUUUUCAAACUGCAAAGAGCUCAAGAGUCUGUCUGGAUUUUGGGAUGUGGUCCCGGAUUACCUUCCAGCCGUUUAUCCUGCCUGUUCUGGGAUCACAUCUUUGAACUUGAGCUAUGCCACUAUCCAAAGUCCUGAUCUCAUCAAGCUGGUCACCCAGUGUCAGAAUUUGCAGCGGCUAUGGGUACUUGAUUACAUUGAAGACAGUGGCCUAGAUGCUCUAGCUGCAUCUUGCAAAGAUCUGCAAGAACUGAGGGUGUUCCCUUCUGAACCAUAUGACAUGGAGGGAAAUGUAGCCUUGACAGAACAAGGGCUUGUCUCUGUUUCUGAAGGCUGCCCUAAGCUCCACUCUGUGCUAUACUUCUGCCGUCAAAUGACAAAUGCUGCCUUAGUUUCCAUUGCCAAAAAUCGGCCAAACAUGACUCGUUUCCGUCUCUGCAUUAUUGAACCCCGGACUCGUGAUUACCAAACCCUGGAGCCACUUGAUGUGGGUUUUGGAGCCAUUGUUGAGCACUGUAAAGAACUACAUCGCCUUUCCCUCUCUGGUCUUCUCACUGACCGGGUGUUUGAGUACAUUGGAACCCAUGCCAAGAAGCUAGAAAUGCUAUCUGUGGCUUUUGCUGGAGAUGGUGAUUUGGGGCUCCAUCAUGUUCUCUCUGGGUGCAAAAGCCUCCGGAAGUUAGAGAUCAGGGAUUGUCCCUUUGGGGACAAGGCUCUCUUGGCCAAUGCUGCAAAGCUGGAGACAAUGCGAUCCCUUUGGAUGUCUUCUUGCUCAGUGAGUUUUGGAGCAUGUAAGCUGUUAGGUCAGAAGAUGCCCAGACUCAAUGUUGAGGUUAUGGAUGAAAGGGGGCGACCAGAUUCAAGGCCAGAAAGCUGUUCAGUGGAGAAGCUUUACAUAUAUAGAUCAGUUGCUGGGCCAAGGAGUGACAUGCCUCGAUUUGUGUGGACAAUGAAGACUCCGAGUUGAGGCUGUCUUGAUGAAUCUCCUCAGGAAGAACUGCCCCCUUGAAUCUUAUGAAUGGAUAUAGCAGGUACAUGCUCUAUAUGCUACUCAUUGUUUCAUAUUCAGUUUUAUGAAAAUUUAACAUAAUUGCAGCUCUGGUUGGAGUAGAAAUGAGUAACAAGAGGGUAUGAAGAGGCUCAAGAGCUCAAAUGCCAUUCAUUUUACACUUGGCUGAGCUAUUUGACUACAAUUAGUGGUUAAUAAAGAGAUGAAGACUCUUGUUGUUAUGUUGUAUCAAAUGGAUUUAUUAUUUUGGUUGGGAAUAUUUACCAUGUAUACUAUUUUCGUACUUUGCAUGUUUAUGCAUAUGAAUUGUUUUGUUUUCAGCAGUGAA